UUUUUUCUAUCACUAUUUCAUCUUUUAUCAUUCUUUUUCUAUAUCCAUUUUAUUCCAUAUAUUUAUUCAUUUCCAUUUCAUUUUAUAUUAUUUUUUCUAUCACCAUUUCAUUCUACACCGCUUUUUUAUUAUCAUUUUGUCCUUUCAUUACUAUUUUAUCUCCUAUCAUUUUUCUCACCACUAUUUCAUCAUCUAUCAUUCUUUUUCCAUCUCCACUUCGUUUUACAUUAUUCUUUCAUUUUUCAUUUCUAUUUUAUCCUAUUUUUUUUUUUCAUUACAAUUUUGUUUUAUAUCAUUUUAUCAUUAUUAUUUGUUUCUUUUAUCUACCAUUUCGUUUUAUAUCAUUAUUUCUAUCACCAUUUCAUUCUAUAUCACUUUUUUAUCAUCAUUUCAAUCUAUACCAUUUCUUUAAUUACCAUUUCAUUUCCUAUCAUUUUUUUCUAUCACCUUUUAUUCUAUAUUACUUUUCAUCAUCAUUUCAUUCUAUAUAUACUGUUCUUUUUAUUACUAUUUCGUCUAAAUCAUCUUAUAUUGUUCUUUUCCAUUACCAUUUUGUUUUAUAUUACUUUAUCAUUAUCAUUUCGUCUCCCUCUAUAUAUCACAAUUUCAUUUUAUAUUGCUUUUCAUCAUUAUUUCAUCUAUACUUCUUCUAUUAUUUUUUUUCCAUUACUAUUUCAUACUAGUUUUUUAUUACUCUUUUUGUUC